UCUACCGGAGGAGCCUCUGUGAGGUGAGCUGCGCUCCACUGAUAAACAUCCGGCCCCGCCCAGCACACCACGUGAGCUAGUGGAAGCCUCAGUACAUUCCAGAAACCGACCAAUGGGAGCCUCCCCACCCAUCCCUGUGUCAUGUGACCGGCCAGGGGGAGGCGCGGCGGGCGAAAUUCAAAAUUUUGAACCGUUCGCGCGAGCUGUUAGUGAGAGAGAAGAGGAGAUAGUGACAGAUCGCCCGCAGCUCCUCCGCCGCAGACAUGGACCCGUUCACUGAGAAACUGCUUGAAAGGACGAGAGCCAGAAGAGAAAAUCUUCAGAAAAAAAUGGCUGACAGGCCGACAGCUGGUGCCCGGUCAAUAGCUCUAACCAAAAGACCAAGAGAACCCCUUACAGAGACAAAUCAUCAGCCCCCCGCGUUGGCUGAAGAAGCUAAACCUUACUCAAAGCCAUCACCAUCCAAAAGACGCUGUUCUGAUAACAUUGAACCGCAAAAAUCAGAGGUAGAAAACAAAGAGCCAAAAAGCCCAGAGAAAGCUGAGAUUCCCUCACACACGCAAGUAAGAGCUACAUCUCCGUCUCCUCCAAGACCUACUCUCUCAAAAAAAGAAGAGCCAAGCAUCAACGCUGAGGAUGCAGACUGUGUAAAUUCUGUGAAGUCCCGUAUGCAGAAGUUGGCACAACAGAGAAGAUAUUGGGGAUGUGAUGGUAGUCCUCAAGAAUCUCCAAACUCCAGUCCUCCUAAAGAAAUUGUCCCUUCCCCUCCAAAGCCACAGGCUCCUACUGUCAGUUUUGACACUCCUUCAGGCCGACGUGGUCGUUUAGCAAACCUUGCUGCAACAAUUAGUUCUUGGGAGGAUGACCUAAGUCAUCCAUGUGUUAAACCAAACAAUACACAAGAAAAGCCUGGUACCGCUUGUUUAUCAAAAGUGUCCACUGCCAGUUCAGCAUCUGCCAGCAUCAAUGGUCGCAGUGUGAGGCAGGAAGCGGUCUCUGGUUCUCAGAGUGUCCCUGUGAAUAAAUCUGCAGUCUCCAGCACAUUGCAGACAAAACCUACAGAGGCCAAAUCCACAAAUUCUAGUAUAGCCUCCUCAACUACGACAGAAAAAUCUAAGUUUUUGGAGGCUAAACCAUCAGGCUUUAGCUCUUCGAAGCCAGAAGAAAAGGAUUUACCCACAGCUCAGACUAUAAAAACAUUGUCAGCCAAAGUAUCUACCCCACAAAAAACAACUUCGAAGGUGUUUUCAAUUCAGCAUGUGGUCCAGAGUGAAGAAACUAGUAGAACUGCACAACCAAAGGACAGGAUUACUACACCAGGUGGACCUGGCGUAAAAUCCUUCCUGGAGCGUUUUGGAGAGAAGUGUCACGAACGCAGUCCUGCACCUACAAAUCUUGCUGUAAAGUCUGCAGCAUUGACUCCGAAUACAAAAAGUAUCCAAGAAAGACUGCUGAAGCAAAAGGAUAUAUCCAGUACAGCUAACUUAGCACAACAACAGAAACAGGAACGUGAGAAAGAACUUGCAGCUCUUCGAAGCAGGUUUGAUAAAGGCAAAGUGUGGAAUGCAGACAAAGAUACGACUAAAACGAAACAGCAGGAGACUCAACGGGAAACUCAGAUUCAUCCUGCAACCUGUAGCAAACCACCCAAGCCAGAUGUAACUUAUCAUUCUGUAGUUGAGAGGUUCCCUGUUACAGAAGAGAAAAGAAAUACAGUGCAACGUACAAUGGCUGAGCAUCUACGUAGUCCUGGGAAAACUAUACAGCCACCGUCUGUGGAGAAACCUGCACCACUUACAGAAGGGCAAGUUAAUGGAAAGAAAGUUGAAAUGGCAGAUGAGGUUGAAAUGAGUGUGGAUGGUGAUAUUGAUGAGAUAAACAGUUCGGAAGUGAUCACAAACAUAUUCAGUGAUGCUCUUGAAGAUGAGGAUGAUGAAAACUUUGCAGAAAGUUCUUCACAGCAAGUGGAAAAAGUCUGUGAUGGCGAAAGUGAUGGAGAAGAUCCUCUUAACAUUUCCUCUAUGUCUUUGCUUGCUCCUUUAGCAGAGACUGUUGGAGUUGGAAGCCCAGAAGCUCUACUCUCCAGCACAAUAGGAGAUAGUAGUAAUGUUUGUAACAGCCCAAAAUCUGUUAAGUUCCAAAAUGUCAGAGAAGAUGCUGCUGAGUCCCAGGAGAGUGUUUCAUCUGAAGAGGAAACCAGAAAUCUUCUUUAUAGCAUUGAUGCAUACAGAUCACAAAGAUUCAAGGAGUCAGAUCGCCCUCAAGUAAUGCAAAAAAUUGUCCGUAAAGAAGAUGUAUCUUCUCGAAUUGAGGACAAAAGGCAUGGAUCUCCACGAGCUCUUAAUAUCAAACAAAAAAUGAAGAUGCUGAACAAUGAGAUCAGCCUGCAGCAAACAGUGAUUCAUCAAGCCAGCCAGGCUCUGAACUGCUGCGUAGAUGAAGAUCAUGGAAGAGGAACCCAAACAGAAGCAGAGGCUGAGCGUUUGCUGCUGGUAGCAACUGAAAAAAGAGUUGCCUUGCUUGCUGAGAUAAAUAAACUGAAGAGUGAAGGACCUCAGAAGAAACCCACUUCCCAUGCCAAUGAUGCCACUCCAUCAAGAGGCCUUGUGUCUGUUUCCGAAAUAUUCCUGCCCCUUAAAGCAGACUUUGUAUGCAGCACCUCUCAGAGACCAGAGUCAGCAAACUACUAUUUCUUCAUAAUUCUCAGAUCCGGUGCAGAAAACAUGGUGGCUACUCCUCUUGCAAGUAUUUCCAGUUCAAUGAAAGGAGAUGCUUUGGCCUACCCAACUAUAUUUACUCUUGAAGAUGUCUCCAAUGACUUCCAUGUCUACAUAGAUGUCUACAGCUUGGCCCAAAGAAAAGAAGUUCCCACAUCAGAUAAGAAGAAAAAGGCUAUGAAAACGAAGGCAAUUACUCCAAAGAGGCUUUUGACGUCAAUAACAAAGAGCAAUAUUCAUACACCAGCCUUGGCUAGCCCAGGAGGCCCUAAUGCGGUCCGCACCAGUAACUUUGUUCUGGUUGGGACUCACAAGCUUUCUCUGUCUUCAAUUGGAAGCAACAAAUUUCAUUUAGAUAAGGUUCCAUUUUUGUCUCCAUUGGAAGGUCACAUUUGUCUUAAACUCAAAUGUCAAGUAAAUUCAUUUGUGGAAGAGAGGGGCUUCUUGACUAUGUUUGAAGAUGUAAGUGGUUUUGGGGCUUGGCACCGACGUUGGUGUGUACUUUCUGGUUACUGCAUCUCAUACUGGACAUACCCAGAUGAUGAAAAAAGAAAGAAUCCAAUUGGAAGAAUAAAUCUUGCAAACUGCACAAGCAAAAAGAUAGAGCCAGCCAAUCGAGAAUUUUGUGCCAGGCCCAAUACGUUUGAACUAAUUACUGUCCGUCCACAAAGAGAAGGGGACCAAGAAACACUAGUCAGUCAAUGCAAGGACACGCUCUGUGUCACAAAGAACUGGCUGUCAGCAGACACUAAGGAAGAGCGGAAUCUUUGGAUGCAAAAAUUAAACCAAGUCAUUUUGGAUCUGCGCAUGUGGCAGCCAGAUGCCUGUUAUAGGCCAGCUAACAAGACUUAGAGAAUUUUUACUCUAAGUGCCAUUUAUUGUACAGCACAUUCCUUUCUCUGAGUGUUGUCCUUUACUGCAGACAUAUAUAUGUGUUAUGCCACUGGCUGCAUGUUUUCCUUCAAACUCCAGCAAAGAAAUCUUAUUUAUUAACCUCAUUGAUUACACUAGGACCACGUUGUGGUAGAAGUCAUGAGCAGGAGGUGGUUAUACAAUGUGAGCCUCAGAUGAAUAGAGCUUAUGUUCUUACAUUUGUUUUUAGUUCGUUUUUUUUUUUUUUUUAUUGGGUUGGUAAUGGGAAUGUGCCUUUUGGGAGAGCUUUAAGUUUCUGCUAUAUUAUGUGCAAUAUAAAACUCAGUGUUGGGACUUUGAUGAUGAGCACAAUUUUAAUAGAAAUGUUUGCUUUCAAUAUUGCAAAACUGCUGUCCUCUUUAUGAAAGUGGGUCAAACUACACUGAGCUAGGUUUUCUUUUAACCCUUUAUGUACACUUGCUUGGGUUGCUAUGACCCCAUGUAUAUCCAACAAUUUUCUUUGUUUUCCUUCCACAACGUAUUUGUUUUGAACAUGGUACGUAAUUGCAUACUCAUCUGUCUAAUCAUAAUCAGACUCAAAUAGUCUGCAUAUAAUUUGUUGCCAUCUAUAGAGCUUAGGAUUGUCAGGAAACAAACCUGACAUCGAUGUAAGGAUAUAUUUUUUUUCUUUAAGUCAGCUAAGCAAAGAAAAGUAGAUUGUAAGCCGGGAGCAAGAGGAACAAAUGGGAUCCCCACAGUAUUUUAACGUCUUGAUUUUAAAAGGCUGCUAUAUUGCCAGCUAUGUGCAUUACUAGGUAAAUAUUUUACUCUUAUAGGGAAUAUGCUUCAUUUGUAUCUCCUGCAGUAGAUCUAAGCUGUUUAAGCAACAGUUACACACAGUAGGAGCAAUAGGCAAAUUACCAGUUUUUGUUUAUAGUGAAAAUAAAAUAGUUGUGAACUAAUAGAAACAUGCAAUUUCACACAUCCUUCAACUCAUUGCCUCUUAAACUAGUCAUGCUGUCCUCCGGCAAACUGUGUAGCCAGAGGUCGCUAACCACCAAUAUCUACCUGCUUAAUGUCACAGUAUUCCUGGGGUGGAAGCAAGGCAAAUUAGAAACAAAAAUGUUAGCUUUUUUUUAGAUACUCAGGAGAAGUGAAACAAAAUGUAAAAAGUCUUGAAUUUUAGCAUUUUAUAUAUAAAAAGUAUUGAGGUAUAAGUUCUCUCACUGUCUUGGUGAAAGAGUUGGGUAUUCUUAUUUGAUCACUAUUUUGUAUGUUAUUGGAUUGUUGCAGUCAUGUUAGAUUUAUACUCUUACCAUUUAUAAAAAUCCUGCUUUGUAUUAAUGCACGGAUAAACACUAACAGCUUUUCUAUGAUUCUUUACCCCACAUACACAUUUCAUUGUGUUGUCUGUUUUUCUUUUGUAUCUGUCUCACUUUGUGUGUCUUUUUAUCAUAAAAUGUACAAAGAUGUAUGGGAUUCUGUCAUUGCAAAAUAAAAUUUGUAUAUAUGUAUUUAACAGGUUUUACUGUUCUUCACUGGGGAUUCAAACAUUAAAAACCUGCAAAACUGACUGCA